AUGUCUCACAAGUUCGAAGGAAAGGUAGUGGUAAUCACAGGAGGCGCCUCUGGUAUUGGUCUAGCAACAGCACAUCUACUCUAUUCUCGCAACGCCAUUCUUUCAAUAGCCGAUCUCUCAGAAGGCGCACUGCAAAAGGCCGUGGAAUCGAUAAAAUCAGAAUACCCUAACAGCACGGGUAAGAUCUCAGGGGUCGUCGUCAAUGUCCGUGAUCGAAAGGCAGUGGAAAAUUGGAUCUCGUCUGUGGCGAAAGAGCAUGGCAAGCUCGAUGGUGCUGUGAAUCUGGCUGGUGUGAUCGGAAAGCAGAUCGGGAUUGCUAAUAUCGAGGAUGUGGAGGAUCCAGAUUGGGAUUUCGUAUUGGGCGUCAACCUGGGCGGAGUUCUGAAUUGUAUGAGAGCUGAGAUCCCUCAUAUGAAGACGGUAGAGGAUGGAGGAAAGGGAAGUAGUAUUGUAAAUGCGAGUAGCAUUGCGGGAGUGAUUGGAAUGGUGAAGAACGCGGCGUACAUCGCUAGUAAACAUGCUGUUGUCGGACUCACAAGAGCUUGUGCGAAGGAACAGGGUCAUAGAGGGGUAAGAUGUAAUGCCAUUGCUCCAGGACCAAUAGAUACACCUAUGGUAGCUAAAUCCAAAGAAACGGCACACACGGAUGAUGGCUCUAGCAAUGUCGCCUUGGUUCCUAUGGGUAGAGAAGGAAAAGCUGACGAGGUUGCGGAGUUGAUUGCAUGGCUUUUGUGUGAUGGCUCGUCGUACAUGACCGGAACAGUACAAAGUAUCGAUGGAGGCUGGGCUUGUUAG